CUUAUAAAUGGCAGUUGAAUAAAUUCGAACAUGAACUUUAAAUGAGUAAUUCUUAGUUCGAAAAUAUGGAACAAGGUAAGAUUUUAAGUUUAAGGCAGAUUAUACCAGAGUAGAGCUAUUUAGAUACUUAUGAGGCAGAGAGUUUUAGAACGCGAAAGAGAGCAGUUAUGGCCAUUAACGUAUUUGAAAUAAGAGAUUGUAAGAGAAGAGAUGAACAAGAGGUAGGAUUGGAGGUCAGAUAGAGUUGGACAAUUAGCGAUAAAUAGAUCUGUGAAAUUUGCAUAAAUAAGCUUUGAGGAGACUUUAAUGAGCUGAUUUUUGAAAGAGUGAGUCGAUCUGGAAA